UUUAGUGAUCAUAUUAAAUUAGGGAACAUGUCGGGUGACACAGCCACAGCACGGUCGGAGAAGAGGCGCCAUGACGACCAGGCAGAGAAUCAGGAUGCCUCCCCUCCUAAAGCCAUAACGACACCCCAGAGAUCAAGGGGAAAACAUCCUGCUGUGGAGAAAGAAGAGAAUGAGAAUGCAAACACACCAAGAACCAGAAAUCGCACACCACUGCCAGAGAAAAAUGACAAGGCCCAAGGAAAUGGCACACCAACCCAAAGGAGCAGGAGCCCAACCUCUCAGAAGAGAAGUGCUGCCUCGGCAAAUCUCACACCAAUAUCGAGAAACAAAAAUAAAAGCCGUUUAUCAGAGGAAGAGGACACCCCAAGCCUCCAACCCACGCCCACACUGAGAGGCCGGGCCAAAGCACUUGCAUUUGAGAAGCAGGAAGGCAUUGCUUCACCAACGCCUAUGCCCAGGAGUAGGAGUAAGACUCCCUCGUCAACAAAGGGCGAAUCGGCAACCAAAUCCACACCCAACACAAGGAGGAGGAGUAGAAGUCAGACUCCUGUAUCAUCACAGAAAGAAAGCAUCACCACACCACGGAGAGCCAGAAGCACUGCGAGAGAUGACAGCAAGACCCAAUCGAAGAUUCCUGUCCCAUCCUCCAGGAGCAUGAUUGUCCAGGCUUUAGAGAAUGAAAGACAAGCAAAAGCCAAGGAGAAGAGCAGCAGUAAAGAGGCAGAGAUGCCAGAGAAAGGCCUGGCAACCUCUUGUAUGGAUUCGGAGGAGGGAACCAAAAUGACAGUAGACGUUCUAAAGACCGUGCCAAAAGAAACGAGCCUGAGCACUUCAGGGUCCUCGGAUGAGACUGGGCAAGGGGCAUCGGAUCUCAGUGGGUCAUUGGAGAGCUCGGCCCCUGAGGUCAGGAAGGAGCUUCAGACAGAGAUGGACAAGGUCAAGAGAAGGAGAUCGACGUUGGGCAGAGGCAGGAAGUCGAUCCAGAGCAUGGGGGGGCGGAGGUCACUCUGUGCAGCAGUUCAAGUUCUUUCAUUGCAAGACCAAGUCGACAACAUUGCAAAGGCUCUGCCACACACCACAAAGGUGAGCCACCUGAUUGACAUUUGCGUGAGGGAGGCACUUCGUCGUUUGGAACAGAAGUUAGAGGGAGACGAGUGUGUUUCUGAUCUACGGUUGGACCUCAUAACCCAGUCAGAGGACAUUGCAGGCCAGGUGUCCUACAUGGUGGCUGGCCAGCCAUUAGUUGCUGAAGGCCCUUCCCCGUCCCCCCCUACAACAGGAGACGACAAAGAGAAUAUUCACAAAAGAAUUGUGGCUUUCAAGAAGAAGACAAAAGAGCUGGAAGAGGAAUACAAGGCCUGGAAAACCUUAAUGAAGCAAAGAAAGCAAACAUACCAAGCUGCUGAAAGGGAAUUCCGCGAGGCAAAGUCUGGCGAGACCAAGAUUGAGGAAGAUCAGAUCAAGCAGAUGACAAGCAUCCAUCGCAAUCUCCUAGCCAGCAGGCCCAAUUACCACAAUUAUAUACAGGAGCUGCAGACAGUGAGGGAACGAGCAAUGCUGAUGCUGCAGGAGGUGAACCACACAGCCGAAGUCGUAUCCAACUUCAUCGUUACCUCCAAAGCUGAGGCAGAAAGUUGUUAUGCUGCUGUCGAGGAGCUGAGCUUUGGCUUUUUGAGGAAUCGCCCAGUGAAGAACAUGCUCAAGUCGAUGAUAGAACCAAAUGAAGUUGCCGUUUAGAGUGCA